CCUGGGUGUUUGUGGUAUAUCCGGCGGUCUUUGGUUCUCAAGUGAGGAGACGAACACAGUUCGAGCGCUUUAUUUAAAACAGUUUACGACAGAAACUCACAGAGAUAGAGACGUAUGCGUCCGGGCUUCUGUAGCUUAGCUUAGCCUUGCCUAGCCCAGUUUAGCGCAGCGUCACUCACACAUGCCAAACUCGCCGGGAGUUUCGGAAAAUACGGCGCUCAUUACGUCAGUCAGUCACCGGUGAAUCAACCGUCAGAGCAACCGCGACUGAAAUAAAUCCGACAUGACUCAACAAGCGGCUGCGAUGCAAACCUACAACAACGAGCUAGCUAAAUGUAUCGAGGACCUGCGGGAAAAGAGGGAGGAGCUAAACAGUCAGAUCAGGCAGGAGGAGGACGAGAAGGAGCGACUGCAGCACGACAUCCGUCUGCUCACGGACAAACUGAGCCGAGUCAACGAGAGUCUGACUCAGAGACUCGCCGCCCGAGCCACGUUUGACCAGACGUUGGCCGAGACCGAGGCUGCGUACGCUAAGAUCCUGGAGAGUUCGCAGUCUCUUCUCAGCGUCCUGAAGCAGCAGACGGGAAACCUGAGCAAAGCCACCCAGCCUCGCAGAAAAGAGCAUUAACAACAACAAGAAGGGUCACUCGACCUUUGAUCUCUGCACUUUCUUUUAAACAGUUUAUUCUCUCAGUUAUUUAUAUUUAAAUGUGUCUGUUGUGAAUGCUUCAUUUGAAUAAAUGUCUUUCUUAUACUUCAAACUAUGGCUUUGUAAUGUGUCAUGAAAAUGCUGUGAUUUACUUUGAAGUGCCACAAGAGGGAGCUGCAGCCUUGCAGUCAAUGACACCCAGCAGGGACAAAUUCAACUCCAAUUGUCACUUUAUCUCAGCAUUUUCUAACAAGUUAAAUUUGUAGAGCACUCACUCUCCCACACCAAACCCCAUAGAGAAAACCAGCGUUUUUAGCUCGCGGGGACACAGGAGCUGCUGGUCUACUGCUGCCUCGUCAGGUCACUUUGUGUCGCUGAGGUAAAUCUGAAAAAAAGAUUUUCAAUGCCGAAUAAUACAAAAUAAGACAUUUGAACUUAGUGAUGGAGGCAGCAGUGGAUCAACAACUCUUGUGUCGUGAUGUUAAUAUCGUCGAUUUUCUCCAUGGGGUUUGGUGUGGGAGAAUGAGGGGUUUAUAAAGUUCGGUUUCCUGUUGGAAAAGUCUGUCACACAGUGAGAUAAAGACGUGAACACACCAUUUCCUUCCUGCAAUACAAAACAACUCUUUGUUUCUUACCUGAAAUGUAAAGAAAUUAGUUUUUUGAAUUGUGUUUUUGAGGCAUUUAAAGCAGAAUAAAUCCUUCUGGAUCUUUCCGUUC